GGCAGCUGAAACAGACCAAUGCGUCGCGGGGUGAACCUGCCGCGGCGGCGAUGGGACGAGCGCGGAGGAAUGACAGCUCGCGCCGGAACUCCGGCUGAACCGCAUCCCGCCGCAGAGAGGACGGCGACGGCCGGCGGCGCCGCGGCGUGUCCCCUCUCCUCCGGAGCCGUCAUGCCUUCAUCUAUUCUCACAUUCAGGAAUGGAUCCGGUGAAGUGGCCGCAGAAGUUGACGCGGCGGUGUCCUCUGGAUGUUGCGGUGCUCCGUCUGAAACUCGCCUAGGUCUCGGCGCUCGUGGGAUUAAGGCUACCUCUCUGCGGCGGGACGGUGACAUUCAUUUAUUUUUGCAGCAAAACGGGGAGCGGGUGUGGAGGAGAUAAAGGAAUUACCUCUCCGACCGCAGAAGCUGCGUGAGCCGCCCUGUCACCCUGACACCCCCCCCCCCCCCCCCCAGCCCGCUGAAGACACUGGAGACUUUGUGCUCGACUGUUUUAUAGACCCCUGGACGUCGUUGUGGAUUGUGUUGCUGUUUAAGGCAAUGGGCUGUAUCCAGAGUAUCAGGUGUAAGCCCAAGAGUUUCCGAGACACUGUCGUCGUCCUGGAGGUGAACACCUGCAUCGACUCCAACCCCACCAGCAUCGACGAGUCAAACAGCGUGGUCCUGCGCUACCGGACGCCGCACUUCCGCGCCCAUGCCCAAGUGCUGGUGCCGCCAGUGUCCUUCCAAGAGACCUGGACCAUCGGCUGGAUUCAAGCGUGUAACCACAUGGAGUUCCACAACACGUACGGAAACAAAGGGAUGUCGAGUUGGGAGCUCCCGGACCUGCGUGACAGCAAGAUCCAGGCCAUCAGUGACUCAGACGGCGUCAACUACCCAUGGUACGGCAACACCACGGAGACCUGCACUGUCGUAGGCCCCACUAAGAGGGACAGCAAGUUCACCGUAAGCAUGAACGACAAUUUCUACCCCAGCGUAACCUGGAGCGUGCCAGUCAGUGACAGCAAUGUGCCUCAGCUUAGCAGCAUCCGCCGUGACCAGAGCUUCACCACCUGGCUGGUGGCCAUCAACCAGGCCACCGCCGAGACACUAGUCCUGCAGACGAUCCGCUGGAGGAUGCGGCUCCACAUCAAAGUGGACCCGGACAAGCCUCUGGGUCAGCGGGCUGCUCUGAAUGAGCCUGUGAUCCAAGAACAGCCCCAGAUCCUCUGCAAAAAUGAGCCCAUCCCCACUAACGCCAUGGUCAAGCCUAACGCCAAUGACGCCCAGGUACUGAUGUGGCGGCCAAAGAAUGGUGACGCCGUGGUGGUCAUCCCACCCAAAUACUGACCUGUUUCACUGACCGGGGCUGGCCUUGGAUACUUUAACAGUAUCAUCUCUUAUUUGUUCUCGUUCUUUUGUUCCCGCGCAUCACAAGCUCUCACUGCUUCGGCCCUCCGUUGACAUUAAUUUCCUUCUGUUGCUCUUACCUCUCUUGUGUUUUAAAACAACUGACAGAGAGGAAAACGGGCAGAGACAAAGUGCUGAGAAAAAGACCAGCUGACGCUGUGAGGGCGGGGACGAGGUUCAUACUAGAACUGGAGUGAACAAACUGCAACCAUUCUACCUUCAAACUUGGUCGGGUCUCACUGUGCUAAAUGAAGUCAUUGAAAAAAAUGGAAAGAAAACAAUGUUUCUUUGUUUUUUUAUUUUUUAAAUUUUAUACUUUUGGCCGUUUGAUGCGAGGUUUGUGAGUGUGGGUCGUUAUAGUAUUUACAUGACCAUGUCUGCACACAUGCUACACACAUGGAUAUGCACAAAAACGUCAUGUUCAAAUACCAGUUGUGUUUUUAUUUAUGGUUGGGAGAGAGUGCAUUUAUUUUUGUCUGUUGUUGCUGUCAUGUGCUUCAUAUGGCAAUUUUGCAUUGGGUGACUAGAUUUUGGUACUUAACAAAAACAUGCAAGACAUUCACUCCAUGCUGCCUUAAGUUUACAUCGCUUUCCACGGCAAAAUUUUUCGCCUUAAACAAAGUGCAAUGCAGUAUUUUUGCUCAUCUGUCCCAUCUCUUCCAGACUGUUGGUGCUGGCAUGUGUGGGUUAGGACAGGAGGAGACUCCGGAUAUUUAGGAUUUUGGUGUUUCAGUCGCACUUCCCUGACAAAAACGUAUUGUCUGACAGGUACCACCAGCAUUAUGUGUAGACACAGUUACACAACCAGGCUAACUAGUUGUGUUUCAAGUGCAUUAUGCAACAGAGGAGAUGCUCUGUGCAGAGAACACCAGUAAAGCCAACCCUCGUCAUCAGCACUCAGUACAUUAAACUAUAUGUGCAAUAACAACAAAGGGCACUGAAAGGAACUCCUCAAAGAACCUCAUUUCACCUAUUUUAUUCUCUUGUAUCACUCCAUCUCAGGGCCCCUUUUCACUUCCUUCCCCUUUCGCUGUUCAUUCAUCCCCAUAUGGCCAACAGCCACAGCAAGUGUAUGUUUGUUAAUUCCUAAGAUUAAUCAGCCAUCAUAGACCUGGGAAAUAGCUUUUAACAACUGGAUUAUAAAAACCUUUUUUCUGAUGAUAAUAAUACACAUUGUAUUUAAUAUUGUUGGCAUCCUUUAAAUCAGUAACAACGCAUUUCUUUCUAUAAUAUCCAAAUCAAAACACGUGUCAAAAUUGUCUCAUGUUAACAGUGUUUUCUAUUUCUUUUUUGCCCCUAAUCCGCAGUCAUCUGUAAUCUUCAUCCUCACUGAUAUUCCUCCUCCCACUCCUCCUCUCCUCUCUCUGACCCUCCCCUCAUCUUUCGCUCGCCUUUUCUCUGUUGUUGAGGCUGAAAAGCAGAGCAGGAGCCGUGUAAGUUUGAGCCUGACUGCUCGGUUGGCAUAUAGAUGACCCACUUCUCUUGUAGCUCUUGCUGCAGAAACGUGGGGCUUGUCUCUCUUUAUUUUAUCGCCAGCUACUGUGAGUGAGAGAGAGAGAGACACACACACACACACACACACACACACACACACACACACACACACACACACACACACACACACACACACACACACACACACACACACACACACACACACACACACACACACACACACACACACACACACACACACACACACACGCACACACACUAAACAAACAGCUCUGGUCGGCUAAAUACCAACAUUAAAUGAGAUGAUGCCUAUUUAAAUGUUAAUCUUUGAGCUUGGCUUAAGCGGCAAAAUGAAAGCAAUUUCUUUCAUCUGUUUGUGAAAUCAUUUCUUUUUUUAUCUCGACAGAGUUUGUUUUGUUAAAGGACAGUUUUUUCACUUUAAGAAGCUGCAAACAUUUCUUUGUUUUGGCUCUCAUCAAAAAAAAAAAAGCAUCAAAAUCUGAUCUGCUGUCUGAUGUUUUUCACAAAGAUUUGGAAGCUGCUGCUGCAUCAGGGUUUUAGCAUUUAGCUCCUUUCUACUGAGAGAACAAAGCCUUCAAACUUGGUUCAGACCACAUUUCUUAGUUCUAAAUUAGUGUGACUUAACUCGGUCGUACCUUGAUCUGUCUGAUAUUUCUACCAAUAUCCUUAAGUAACGUUCAACAUUUUGGGAAAUACGCUUCCGAUUUGGAUGGCAAAAAGAAAACAAAAAUUGUAAACUUUCCAAAUCAUUGAAAUACAUAUUUAACCAUGAGUGACGUGGUCUCUAAAGUAAAUCUAAUGAUAUGCUAUAGCUCAGUGGACUGAGUAACUUAUACUCUGAGAUUGGAGAGUGAGCAAGAUAAAGGCUUCCCAGAGCAAGUCAAAUGAUACCCAGCUCUACCAGAUCUCCACCACAUUUUAACCCAAUAUGUGUCCACACACUGGUCCUGCUGCUGCAGCCGCCUGGUUCAUGUGUAACUGCGAUGGUCUGUACUCUGGACUGAUUUACAGGGCAUCAUAGUGAUUGGCAGAAGAGAAGUAAGAGGCCAGUUGGGGACCACUGUCAUAAUUAGAUCUGCAGUGACACACUUGCCUGCCCUAGAUGGACUGAACUGUGCCGAGUGGUGCUGUGCAAGGCAAGGGCUAGCUCGAGUCAUGGGUGAGGUUUAAGUGAGGUCAAAUAGCAAAAGGUCAAGCGGCAAAGCAUGGUCCCAAACGGAACUGUAGACCGACAAGAAGGCGAUGGGGGAAUAAAUAUGAAGGUGACGACAGACCGAGUUUGUUUAGAAAGCACUUUUGUACCCUGGGCCGCCUCGUAACGUCUUGAGAUGACCUGUGGACACUGGAUAGUAUUCAAGCUGGACUACAUGUAAUAUAAUUAAACCUUGACACGCAGUGGCCUGCGUUCUCAAGUAUAUGUGUGUGUGUGUUUUCAUGCGAGUGUGUUAAAUCCCAUUGGAGGGAUUUAGAGGGGAUGAGUUUCACUGAUGUACCUCUGCUGUUGUCGAGUCGUGAUUCUCUCUCUCUCUGUCUGUCUCUCCCCCCCCCCCCCCCCCCCCCCCAGGGGACAGGAGCAGGCCUGGUGUGGUAUCUGAUUGUCACAGCAGUGUCACAUUGGCAGCGUGAACUCAUUUAUCAAUCCUGCACGUGGACUGUCCGUACACAUGCACAUGCUACAAAGCCAUAUGCACCAACACACCUGUUAAUGAACACAGGGAGUGAUAUAUUGGUCUCUUUUGUGGAUAAACUUGAGUGAGGACAUUUUUUUUUUUAUAUGAAAAAGAAAUGUAAAUACUGAGGUCACCGAGUGGGUGCCUGUCGACUAUCGGCAGCGUCUGACGUUAGGAAAAGGGCACCGAUCGUCUUCUGUCUGUUAACUUUAUGAUUUUAUAUUCCCACAAUAGAAAGACACCAUAGAUGCUAUAUGUGCUUCCUUAAGUGGGUUACAUAAAAACAAACAGAUAGCACGUUUGUUUGCUGAGGACAAAAAGUGCCAAAAUUGGACAUCGCCAAAACUAUGCAAUAUAAUAUUGUUGUGAAUUCAUAAAUCUCUUGGCACUUAAUAAUAGGCGUAUUUUCCGAUGUUUUUGAUCAUCAAAUGCUUUUAGCAUGUUUGUAUUUCCAGAAAAAACAUCACAAAUGCAAAAUGCAGCCAUAAGGGACAUUACUUGCUGUAGUGUUUUCUGCUUGUACGGCUGUGUCAGGCCUCCUCUCCUAAACCCACACUAUUACACUUCUUCUGAGGGCUGCUACCUUUGCUUGAGCUCUUUUCGUAGUUGAUUAACCCCCACGAAACAUCCCUUUAUUUAAAACAAUAAAACAUCUCAAGUCCACACUCAGGACUGCCUGCCUUCAUUUCCUGGCCUUUACCAUUGGUUCUGUCCCAUGAAAAAGAAAAAGUGAUGCUCCACGAGUCUGUUCAUCUCACAUCCUCAUUCAGUGUUUGAAAUACUAUCCCAAAAUGACGCACACAAGAUACCACGAGAAACUGUGUACGUUUCUCAUUUUGUUUGGUUUGCUUUCUGGAAAUACAGCACUGAUAUAGUUGAAGCAGUGUGUGUUCUGUUGUUCAGCUUUGACUUUUACAACCAAUACUUGAAAAUGGGUCAGUUCUGGCAAAUAUUUAAAACUGUGAAAAUGCACAACAUUGGGGUGACAACCCCUGAAAAAAUAGAUUAAAAAAAUGUUUUUUCAUGGAUGAAUAAAAUGUACAAAAGUCA